AGAAUUAAUAAUAAUAAUUCUGUUCAACAACAGCAACGAUCAUUGAUUAGAAUGAAUUUGAUGCCAAUAAAUCAUCGAACAAAUUUGGUUGAAAAUAAUCAACAACAACAACAACAACAAAUCAUACGAACAAAUUAUCAACAACAACAACAACAACGAAGAACACAACCAAUAAUGUCCAUUAACAGUAACGACAUAUCAUCAUCACUUCAUUCGAAUCAAUCAUUUCAUGUACAGAAUUUUGUUAAUAUUUUUCAAACAUAUUGUUCGGAAAUAAAAGAAUUAAAAGAUUAUUUUGAAAUGAAAUUUACUAAAUUAAAAUCAAUGGAACAAAAAAUUAAUACAACAACAACAAAUCAACGACAGCCAAUGAUAAUUAAUAAUUUCGAAUCCGGUAGUAAUAUUACGAAAAAAUCGGCAAUACCAUUACCAAUAUCAUCAUCAUCAACAGCGGCAACAACCACGACAACAUUAUCAUCAUCAUCAUCAUCAUCAUCAAGAAAGAUAACACAAAAUGUACAUUCAAAAAAUGAAUUUAUGCAAAUGAUUGAACGAUUAAAAGAGGAAAAAAUAUUAAUACGUGAACGUAUAUCACCGAAUGUAUUCAUGUUACGACGAUCAACUGAUAAUUCUAUUGUUGGUUAUCAAUGUUCAAUUGAUGAUUGUACUUAUAUGCAUUUUCUUCGUGCACAGGUUAAUCGUCAUUAUAAAAAUUUUCAUUCAAAAACAUGUCAACAUUGUAAUCAACGUUUUAAAAAACCAUAUGAAUUAUCUUUACAUUUGAAAGAAUUACAGAUGGAUCCAAAUCACGCACAACAUUCGCAACAACAACAACAACAACAACUGCCAUCAUCGCCUGCAUCAUCAGCAUCAUCUUCAUUAAUAACAUCGGCAAAUGAAACAAUGGAAAAUAUUUCCGAAUAUGAAACCAUUUCUGAUUCCAAUUCAAUUCAACCAACGACAACAUCGUCAACGACAACGACAACAGCAGAAACGAACUAGUAAUUUAUGGCGAAGAAAUAGUGCAGUUUCGAAUAUUCG